GCCCUUUCAUAAUUUAUUCCCGAAGUUUCUUUCCUCCGGCGUCUCAUCUCCGCUUUCUUUUUUUUAUUCGUCCGAAGCCCUAACCGGGUCGACGGAUAAAUCCUGGGAAUAAACGUGGUGGCAUUAAGGGGGACGAUCUCGGGUGGGGAGAUUGGGCGAUCUUGGCGGCCUAAGAUUUUGUGUUAAGCAUUAGUAUUAUGCCUUUUUCAUGCAUGCUGAGACGCUGCUGAUCAGGUUUCGUCGAAGUCUUGCUCGUGUUUGCUGAAUUUCUCAAGAAUUAGAAGGGAAGAUGUCUGGUGGAGAAGUGCGAAAGGUCUCUCGUCAAGAUAUACAACUUGUUCAAAAUCUUAUCGAGCGUUGUCUUCAGCUGUAUAUGAAUCAAAAAGAAGUGGUUGAGACACUCUCUCUUCAGGCAAAAAUAGAACCUAGUUUCACUGAACUUGUUUGGCAAAAACUUGAGGAAGAGAAUCGAGAAUUUUUCAAGGCAUAUCAUCUUAGACUGAUGCUUAAGAACCAAAUUAUGAUAUUCAACAAGCUUCUGGAGAAACAGGUUGAGCUCAUGCACAAAGUAUGUCCAUCUGGAGUUGCUCCUAUACCUCUGUCCAAUGGCUCCAAUAAUUCGACAUUGCAUCAAACGCCAUCAUGCUAUUUGUCAGAACGGGCAUCUACAUCUUCAAGGCCAGAUGGCAUGCUUUGCAAUGGAGGCGCUGUGGGUGCCAUAUUAAAUAGUAGGCCUGCAGUAACGGGCAUUCAGCUUGGUAAUGAUGCAUCCGUUCUUACUGGAAGCAUGGACACUUCAACAAGCCUGCUGUCGACACAGAACUCAGCCAUGGGAAGGCUUCAAGGAAUUAAUGGGACGGCUAUAAAGUCGGAACCUAGCUAUUCAAGCAAUUCUGAGUUUUCAUUCUGUACUGAUAGUAGUUUUCUAGAAACGCAACCACCAAUUGCAGAUCCACCUGCUGGAUCCUUCAGCAGCUCAGAGUUGACUGGACAACCAUUGAAUGAUCCACUUCCAGAUGAGUCAUUCGGAUUUUUAAGCCAGAUUCCUCGAAAUUUCAGUUUUUCAGAUUUAGCAGAUCACUUCACUCAAAGUACUGAUAUAUUGGAGAAUUAUGGUAGGUCGCCUUUCCUUCCAGCUGAAGCAAAUAACUUCUCAAGUUCUCCUGGAGAAUGUAAAGAGGGAGAAAAUAGGAGACUAGAUUCUAUUUCUGAAGGCGUCAGUUAUGAGGAUUUUGAGAGAAACUGAUUAAAAAUCUAAUUGGAGCAACUGUUAAGGUUGACCGGGCAAGGGAGUAGCAUUUGUACAUGACUUAUGGGUGGAUAGGUUUCUUAAAUUCUUGACAUUUAGGCAUUGCCUGCCUUUCAAAGGUUGCUUGCUGCUUGCGUGCUGGACUGUUGCUGAUGCUUGUAUUCGUUUGAUCCGCCCAUAAUAAUUACUUGUUUUUUAGUCAGAAGUCAACAUCUUUGUCUUUUCAGACUGGUCUCAGUGUUGGAGACGUGGAUUUAGGGCUUUCAUGUUUUGUCCUUGGAAAAUACCAUGGAGGUGAUAGUGUUUAUAUCUACUUUAUGGGAAAUUUCCUUUUCUUUUGUUUUGGUUUUAUAUGCGUGCACCUCUUCUUCCUCA